UAUGCGCAAUGUAUUAUGCGCUAAACUUUAUGACUGCCUAGAUGUAGAAGUCUACGUUACACUGUUCAUUCUCUUUUGGGGUAUUUGACAUGUUGACCAGAAACAUGUUUUCAACCAAGAAUGUAACGUGCGAAUGAUAUCUUAAUUAUCAAAAUGUUUAAAUCAAAGCAAAAACGGGCUGUGCCCAGUGGAAGCAGGGAGUCGGUGGAGAGUGGUAAUAUGAGUGGCUCAAGCAAUGAAAAUCUAACAGCAAGCAAGGAGAAGGAUACAGUAGACAUGAUCCUUAAACAGAAAGUUCACUUCAACCUGUUCUAUAUGGGCAUGGUGCAAAAUGUGAACCUGACAAGCGCCAAGAAGCGGGACACAGAGGCUCAGCUCAUUGACCAGGUAGAGGAGGCUCAAAUUGAGGGUAAGCUGCCCUUGUCUGUGACAGAGGAGGACAAGGUGGCGAUCACCGUAUCUCGACAUGGAAUCAAAGUGAUGGACACUUCCAGACAGGAAGUUUUCCAGCGCCAUCCACUUUACACGAUUGCACAACUGAUUCACUACAACGAUGGUUUCGGCAAACAGAACAUUGCACUGAAGAUCGGUCAAGUUGGGAAGAUCAUCAACCAGUGCUAUCAGUGUUAUAUCUACCAGUGUCAUACAGAGGAGGAGGCGAAUGCUAUUUGCCAGUGUGUGAGGAGGCUGUUUGAUGCCAUCACUGCAAAAGCAUGAACAUUUCUGGGACAGCUUGCCAUUGAUGACUUCUUUGUGUGUGAUGGGGUGAAUUGUGAGGCUGUCACUGCUAAAACAUGAAGACUGUUGGGACAGCUAGCCACAAAGGAAUACAUUGUGUAUGGUAGAGUGAAUUGUGAGGCUGUCACUGCUAAAACAUGAAGACUGUUGGGACAGCUAGCCACAAAGGAAUACAUUGUGUAUGGUAGAGUGAAUUGUGAGGCUGUCACUGUUGGGACAGCUAGCCAUUGAGGACUCCUUUGUGUGUGAUGGGGUGAAUUGUGAAGCUGUUUGAUGCUGUCACUGCUAAAACAUGAAGACUGUUGGGACAGCUAGCUUUUAUGGACUUCAUUGUGAGUGAUGGAGUUAGUUGUGAGGCUGUUAAACUGUAUUUCAUCAAUGCAUGUCAGCCUAAAGAUGGAGGAUACCAUAAAGUGAUGCAGGUGCUGACAGAAACAUCAGCAGCAGGAAUUGGACUGAUGACAUGUGAUAUUGACAUUGAGAUACAUUUCCUUGACGUCGUUUAUAGGAGGAUCACUAAAUUAUUUGCAUAAAACAUUGUUGAAUUGUGCCUUAAUUGUUUAUAUGUGAACUGAAGAUACAUUGUUAUAAUAAAUAAUGAUAGGAACAUA